CCACAAUUCUAUUAUAGUGGCACUACACUACACAACACUUCCCCUUCUUCUCUCCUCCUCCUCAUAUUUAUUAGUAAUAUAGACUCUCUCUCUCUCUCUCUCUUUCACAGAGAAAAAUAAAAAGAAUUUAAUGGGAGAUAUUAAUUCAAAAUAUUCGGCAGCAUAAUCCGAGAACGGUUUGGUGAGUACCGGCGGUGGAUCCGACGGAGAUGGCGAAGACUGGUGUUUUCGAUUCGGAUCCGACGGCGAUUGCGAAGGCCAAGGCAUUGAAGCGUGAGAUGAAGAAACUGCUGAGGAACAUCGAGGAAGAGGAUGAUUUGUGCGUUCAGACUAUCGAUCAGUUGCAGGAGGCUCUCUCUGCCUUUAAACAGGCGACGAUGAGGAAGAUGGCGAAAUCUUCUUCUCUGCAGAUGCUCGAGACCGUUUCUUGUCCUGAUGAGUUUCGUUGUCCUCUCUCCAACGAGCUCAUGCGGGAUCCCGUCGUUUUGGCUUCUGGUCAGACAUACGACAAGUUAUUCAUCCAGAAAUGGUUGAGCUCAGGCAAUCGAACAUGUCCCAAGACUCAGCAAGUUCUGCCUCACACAACUUUAACUCCCAAUCUCUUAAUCCAUGAGAUGAUUUCAAAAUGGUGCAACAAGGUUGGGCUAGAGACGACGAACCAGUAUCAAUCCAACCUUGUUAAUGAAGAGAAAGGUUUCACAAGAUCAGAUCGUGAGAUUUUCGAUUCCUUGCUCUGUAAAGUCUCGUCUUCGAACCUCCAAGAUCAAAAAUCAGCUGCAAAGGAAUUAAGACUUCUGACCAAGAAAGGACCGGAGUUCCGAGCACUCUUUGGCGAAUCUCCAGACGAAAUCACCCGCUUAGUGAACCCCUUGUUACACGGGUCAAACCCAGACGAGCUUAUUCAAGAAGAUGUGAUCACGACACUGUUGAACAUAUCCAUACAUGACGACAGCAACAAGAAGCUCGUCUGCGAAAACCCUAAUGUGAUUCCUCUCCUGAUCGACGCAUUGAGGCGUGGAACGGUAGCCACGAGAAGCAAUGCAGCUGCAGCGAUCUUCACUCUGUCUGCGCUCGAUUCGAACAAAGUGCUUAUAGGGAAGUCAGGGAUCCUGAAACCGCUUAUCGAUCUCCUAGAAGAAGGGAACCCGUUGGCUAUCAAAGACGUGGCUGCAGCGAUAUUCACUCUGUGCAUUGCCCAUGAGAACAGGAGCAGAGCCGUGAAGGACGGAGCUGUGAGGGUUUUAGGUAAGAAAAUCUCGAAUGGGUUAUACGUCGAUGAGCUUUUGGCUAUAUUGGCGAUGCUCGUUACUCACUGGAAGGCUGUGGAGGAGUUGGGUGAGGUCGGUGGGGUUUCUUGGUUGCUGAAGAUAACUCGAGAGAGCGAAUGCAAGCGAAACCAAGAGAACGCGAUUGUGAUACUGCAUACUAUAUGUUUCAGCGACAGGACAAAGUGGAAGGAUAUUAAGGAAGAGGAGAACACUCAUGGAACCAUAACAAAGCUUGCGCGUGAAGGAACCGCAAGGGCACAGAGGAAAGCAAAUGGGAUACUGGACAGACUGAGAAAAGCUAUGAAUCUCACUCACACAGCCUGAGAGAAUGCCCUCAAAUCCGCAAUGUAAAUUAUCUAAGUCCAUGCUCUUUUGUUUUUAUUUGGCUUUUCUUUCUUUGGCUUUGAGAAUUUUUGUAAAUUAUUCAUAUCUUUAGGAUCUGAGUAAUAUAAAAUGUGGUUUUCGUAUAUGAGGUUGUAAGUAGAAAAUCCGUGUGAAUAGUUUUUGCGUUUCAUGUUUUUCUGGGGAAUCAAUAAAAUCAAUGUUGGCUUUACUCAGCUGGGAACGCCUUGGUCAACAAGUAACUGUGUAGCUUUCGUCUGUUUCCUGUACAAUAAACAAAUAUUAAAAUACAUAGAAAGGCUG